UCCGGGUCAAGCCACCGCUCGGGCAGGAACAAGCUGAGUGCCAGUCUGGACAAGAUGGCGAUGAAGACUUUGGGCGUUGGGGUUGACUUAAGGACUGCCUUUAGGCACUAUGCCUCUCAAGUUCUCUGGACAUUGUUGGUCUCCACUCACAUCUUUUAAUCUUGAAGAUUUCAAAAUACAGCGGAAUCUCCCACUUUUUUGGAAAACUCCAAUACCAAGCCAUAAAUUACCCACCGUGCUCUUGUUAUAGUAUAGAAGCUUUUGAGUUCUCCAAAUCUGAACAAGAUUUUCUCCCAUUUUUCCAUGAAGCCACAUUGUUGUUUAUUCACUUUAGUGGCGAGUGUUAUUGUGCCAGCAGCUUUUGUUUUGGAAGAUGUAGGCUUCAACCAAAUGGCCCCACCGGGAGCAAAUCAUAGCUCUUUCAAUUCAUCAUUUCCUCCAAGCUUUGAACUCUCAGCAGGUUCCCACUCAGGAGACGAUGUUAUCAUAGCCAAAGAGGGAACUAGUGUUUCAAUUGAGUGUCUUCUCACAGUCGACCACUAUGAAGAUGUCCGUUGGUACAACUCAAAAGGACAGCAACUGGACGGCAGAGGCAGAGGUGGAAAAUGGUUGGUUUCUGAUAACUUCCUGAAUAUCACCAGCGUAGCCUUCGAUGACCGAGGGCUCUACACGUGUUUCACCGCCUCUCCAAUUCGUGCCUCCUACUCCGUCACCCUGCGCGUUAUCUUCACCUCAGGAGACAUGAGUGUCUACUACAUGGUUGUUUGCCUCAUUGCCUUUACCAUCACCCUCAUCUUGAACGUCACGCGGCUGUGCAUGAUGAGCAGCCAUCUUCGUAAGACAGAGAAGGCCAUCAACGAAUUCUUCAGAACUGAAGGGGCCGAGAAGCUGCAGAAGGCCUUUGAGAUUGCAAAGCGCAUCCCCAUCAUCACGUCAGCCAAAACUCUGGAGCUCGCCAAAGUCACACAAUUUAAGACCAUGGAGUUUGCCCGUUACAUCGAAGAGCUGGCAAGAAGCGUCCCUCUUCCGCCCCUUAUUCUAAACUGUCGGGCCUUCGUUGAGGAGAUGUUCGAGGCCGUGCGAGUGGACGACCCUGAUGACAUGGGAGAAAGAAUUAAAGAGAGACCUGCCUUGAACGCUCAAGGUGGCAUCUAUGUCAUUAACCCAGAGAUGGGCCGGAGUAAUUCACCGGGAGGAGACUCAGAUGACGGUUCUCUGAAUGAACAAGGCCAGGAAAUAGCAGUUCAGGUUUCUGUCCACCUUCAGUCAGAAACCAAAAGUAUUGAUACAGAUUCCCAAGACAGCAGUCAUUUCAGCCCACCUGAUGAUACAGGAUCUGCCGAAUUGAACUCUUACUCCAAAGAUGGGACAUAUGAAAGCCAUCAGCUGUGAGCUAUCCCAGUACCUACGAAAACUGCUCUCACAAGAGGAACUUGUUUCAUGCAGGAAGUAACAUUUUUACCAAAAGAUGACUGGGGUUUUCCCUCUUGUUAAUAUUAAGCACAUCAGAAUGUGAACUAUUGCCAAAAUCUUUGUAAAAUUUUCUGUGUUUUUCAUAUCUAUUUCUUAGUCAUGUUUCUGGAGCUUGAUUAAGUGACACGUGUUAAGAUUUAAAGGAGCCUGAGAGAGAAACAAAAUGGAGAAAGUACCACACUAAAAGUUCCAUGGCUUCUCUUCUGGUCAUGCUUCAUCCAGCGGUUAGGGCUGACACUUAUCUUGAGGCCUCAGUUUUCCCACCAAUAAGACGAGGGAUUUGCAUUAGGUAUCUAAAGUCAUUUGUAGCCCUGUAACUUCUUACCUGUCCCCUUUAAACCAACAGAAUUAUCAGCACAUCUCUAAAUAAACCCUUCCCUAGACUUUAAGUCCUUUUUAUGGAAAGGACCAAGCUCAGACUUUAUUUUGUGAUUUAGAUUCCCACACCAAUGCCGUGGCGCAUAGAGGUCUGGGUGUUUUUCAGAUAUUUCACCAUGUGGAGUGUGCAAUUGUAUGUGCUAGGUUGGAUCUCUUUAGUGUCACCCAUGUUUGUAUUACACAGAUAUCAGGGAGCUAACUGCUCAUUAAUAAACUACUUUCCAUGAGUACAUUGGUCCUUUUGGGGAGUGUAGCAUGUCUUUUUAACUUAUCGAAGCAGCAUUUAGUUUCUUGAGCUGGCAGUGAUUUCCCAACUGAUGUCCAAAAGGGAGCAAUUUGUUCUUAAGGAAUAAUGUCUUCAGUGCUUUUAGAAUAAGGAACAACAUCAGAUCACCUAUCCUCUAUUUCUGGUAAAUCAUGGAUUUUGACAUUUCUGUUCAUAGAAUUUCUCAGGCUUUCCAUUUUUGAAAGUUCUGGACUCUGUAAUAGGGUUCUGUAUUUGGGAUCCCAUUCCAGGGGGAAACUCAGAGCUGGGUUCCUCUUGAGACUUCUGUCAACACUCUUGCCCUCCUUGAUCGUAAAUAUGGUGCUAAAGGCUGCAUGCCUCCUUGUUUGGUUUGUUUUUUAAUAUUGUUGACGUUUUUAUUUUUGUGUAUUUCAGAUAUAGAAUUCUGAGCUAGGACUGCUUUUGUGGUCUUUCUGAGAAGCACUAACCUGAAAUAAGAUUAGAUAAUGGUGUGUGGUAUCUGUGAGUAUAUUAAAUAUGUAGACAUAGAUAUAGGUACCAGUGUAUAGAUAUAUACAAACACAAAUGAUCUAGAUAUGAAGAGGGAGAAAAAUUAUGGAUGGGGCCACCUGAUUCAGCUGUGUAUAAUGAACACUUAAGACCGUAUUUCUUGCCUGGCUGAGGCCUGAUACAAUAGAAUUGUAAAUACUCUUCAGAAUAAUUUCCUCAGCUACAGGAAGCUUGGUGUCAUAUGAUUUUUAAGAACUUGGCUGUGGAGCUCCAUUUGGUGCUUCAUGUGUCUUCAUUUGGCUUCUGAUUAUCGAAGCAUUCCUUGAACUAGAGGUUCCUGAGGGAAAUGUUCAGAGGAGGUUUUAUCAGGAUUUUAAUUUAAGGUUUCGUAUGGAGGAAAGCGAGGAGAUAGAGAGCGUAACCAGAUAGAACUCAUACCUCCCUUUGUCCAGGCUUAUCGGAAGUAAUACAUCUCUUCUGGAUAGCAUGAAUGAAUCAAUGUGUAGUUUUAUCAGAUGGCAUUACGGAUAAAGAUGAUAAUGCUGCCUUUUCUGUCUCUCAGGCUGUUUCCAUGGAAACCUCCAGAGCCAAACAAAAGCUACCAAUCAUUUAGCCAAAGCUUGCCUUGGCUCGUAAACCUGCAUGUCUUUAAGGAAUGCUGUUUUCAUACAUUUGGCUGUGAGAGCAAGGGCUCCUCACCGUACUCUAGAUUAUAGAACACUUUUUGCCUUCCCAGGCUGUUUCUUUUGAGAAAUUAAAAAUGCUAAAAGUCCCUUGUCUGAGGUCUGUUCCCUGAACAUCCCUCCGAUCUUCAGAUAGUACCUCCAGCCCCAUCCCAGUAUAGCGACUUUGCAGUCAUCUAGACUCAUGUUAAAAAGAGAAUGGAUUUAUCCCACCACCUGUUCUCAUGAUGGACAUGAGUGUCUGGAACCGUAGACAUAUUUAAUGGUCACAGCCCUGGGAAACAGGACUUUGGAAAAAUAAAACAAAUAAUGAAAAAAAUCGAUAUGUUUACACAAAUACCGUAUAACAAUUAGGUAUAGGCUACUCCAGUUUGUUCUGGUUAGAUUAUUUUAGAAACACAGUGGUGAUUUAAUUUGGUGGCCAAAGUAAUUGGAUCACUUUGGAUAUUCCAGAUUAUGGUGCCAGUGGUAAAGAAUUACAGCAGUCAGAAUUUAAUUGGAGUUGGUCUUACUUUCUAAAGCUAGUUUCCAAGAGGAAGAAAACGACACAUUAAUAUUUUCUGUAUCUAAUCAAAUACUCUUCAUAUAUAAUUAAUAGUCUCAUGUUCUGUUUUUAUAAAAUCCUUAACCUUUUGAACUUAAACUACAGUCUAAAAGUCUUUUGACAACAACUGUGGUGUAAUUAAUCUUUUGUUUCACUGGAUUUUAUGGUUAGUGAAAAUGUCUUUACUCAGCAAAUGUAUUUAAAUAGUUCUCUCAUCUCAUUUAUAAAUUUUGUAUUGUGACUUACCUUAUUGUCCUUAUGAAAUGACAGGAUGGCUUUGUGAAAUAAAUUUACCAAAAAUAGAUAUGUCAACAUUCUUAUAGAUUCUUUGCCAGUUGAAACCAGACAGGCAUCUUUUGAGUUGAUACCCCCGUUGAGUUUUAGCCUAUCCUCAAAGUUGAAUCUGUUUUGAUAGUUAAACUCUUGAUUCAGAACCAGUGAGCACUUACAUUUACUACCAAUUACCUUGAUAUAAAUACCUUAGGAGUUGCUGAUCUGGAAUGGUGAAAAGGUUCCUGGCUUCUUUGCCUCGCUUAGCAUGCAUUUUGAAGUCAAAGCAUGCUGCCUUCUGUGUGGUCCUCCAGCCUCAGUGAACCCCUGGUGCAGUCCUCUCCAUGUCCUCCCUGCAUGUAGUUUCACCCUAGAUCAGACUCUGUCUCCCUUGUCCCAAGUGUCACGGGAGCAUGGCAUGCUUGUUUUCCAGAGCACAGCCGGUCAUGGGUGCUAGCCUUGUCUCCACACACCAGCACUUCUCACACAAGUAUAUCAUAAUUCCUGAGUCACCAGUAAGAGAACACAGCCUUUUCUCAUGUAAGUCGGGAAUUUUGAAAAUGCUCAUGUUUAUACAUAAACUCCUAGCUUCUCAAUGUUCUCAACAUUUCAUAAAAGUGCAUAUUAUUUCGUAUGGUUCAGAUGAUGUUUGAAUGGUCACCAUUUUAAUAAAUACUUACAUUAUAAUUUUGUCCUUUCUUUAAAAAAAAGUCAUGCUUGAAUAUAAUUUAUUAAAUGUUCAACGGACUGUUAUUUCAUUUGUCUGAAAUCUUCUAUCAUGAUCUUCAUUUUUAUGUGUGAUGGAACUUGAUGUUAAUGAUUUUAAACAGGAGUCAAAAUGAAUUCAACUUGGAUUCUA